GAUAAAUCUGAGGACAAGAAAGUUCAAUCAAAGGGGAAAAAGGGGCCUAAAGGAAAACAGACAGAAGAGGCAAACCAAGAACAGACAAAGGACAACUUGCCUGCAGAAAACGGGGAAGCUAAAAGUGAAGAGACCCCAGCAUCUGAUGCAGCAGUCGAGAAAGAAGCUAAGUCUGAGUAAUGUCUGGUACUGAGUCUUUGAUUGGUGGUCCUUAUAUCUUUCUUCUUGUACAAUUCAGAGGAAUAUUUUUAUCAACUAUUUUGUAAAUGCAAGUUUUUUAGUAGUUCUAGAAAACACAUUUUUAAAAAGGAGAGAAUCCCAACUCAACCCAUUUUUUUACAUAUUUAGAUAAGUGUAAAUGCUUUUUUUAAGUGGUAAAAUCAUGUACUGGUUGUCUGUUUUCUAUGAAACCAGAAAUUAAUGGCAUGUUACAUUAAGGAGAGGGCUUUGAAGCCUUGACUUGGCUUCACGUGCUGUAGACUGUGAGGGACAGUUUUUCUAUCCUUUUAAAUGAAGCAUAACACAGAUCAGACUUUGGAAAUCCAUAAUGACAUGUUAAGAAUGUCUUUAUCUUAGUUAUUUAUCUUUAUCUAUGGUUGUAUCAUCAGUAGUAUUGCUUAUCUAAUAAAACUGCUCCCUAGUGUUGGAUUUCUUGCUGAGUGAUGUUUUAUGUGUGACAGAGUUAUUUUUGGUAGUUGCAGCUUUAUUUUUUCCAACAAUUUUGUAGCUGUGAUGCGAAAGAUUGGAAACUUUUAUUACAUCUUUAAAUACUGACUACGUAAAAGUUUCUGCUUGGCAGAUGUAACUUGUUAUGUCAGUAUUUGAGAUACUGGAACUUCACAUCAAGUUUUAAAGGACAGCUUGUCUACAAAGAUCAAAUGAAAAAUAUUUGAAAUAGUCAUAGGAAAAAAACAACAAUUGUAGGUUUUUAAAUCUAAAACUAUAUGAGUAAAAACAAUUGUAGAAUUGUUCAUAGUGUCUGUGAUCACCAAGCAAAAGCCAAAUAAAUCUUGAUUAUGAAAGGA